AUGGUAUCUUCCUUUCCGUACAAGCUGGAGAAGAUAUACGAUGCAAGCAACUUCUUCAGCUCAUUCGACUUCGAAGACAAACCCGACAUCUACACCCACGGCUUCGCCCGCUACAUCUCCAAGAAUGCCGCCACGUCGUCUCAUCUCGCGAAGGUCGUAGAUGGAAAAGUGUACCUAGGCGUGGACAACACGACCACCUGUGACGCGAAAGAUGCCCAGAAUGGUCGACGUAGCAUCCGCUUGCACAGCAAGGAAACUUUCGAUAAUGGCCUCCUAGUAGCAGACUUCGCCCACCUUCCCGCAAAUGCUUGCGGCGUGUGGCCCGCUUUCUGGGUCCUACAAGAUGGCGAAUCUUACUCUGAAAUCGACAUCGUUGAAGGCAUAUCUCUCAACUCCGCCAAUGAAGUCUCCCUCUUCACUUCAACUUCUCCGUGCACCAUGGAGGCCCGCGCUUCUACAGGCACGGACGUGAAGGCGCAAUGCCAUUACUCAGAAAGCCAAAUGAACGGCAGUCCAGACGGCUGUGGUGCCACUGCAGCAGAGGGCUCUUUUGGCGCCGAGUUCAAUAAGAAGGGCGGCGGUAUCUUCGCGCUUUUGCUCGAACCCGACAUCGGCAUCAGAGUAUGGCAUUUUGAGCGGAGUAAGAUCCCUAUUGAGCUAUGUGCCUACAACAGUUAUGCUGCAGUAAAUCCGGGCAGCUGGGGAACACCAGUGUUGAAUUUUGGCCCGGGGAACUGCAAUAUCAAGGAAGCGUUCCGGAAGCUCCAGAUUAUCAUCAAUAUCACCUUCUGUGGGGAGUAUGCAGGCGACGAAGCCUGGGACGGUGAUGGUAACGGCAGUUGUGCGGAAAAGACGGGGUAUGAUAGGUGCGAGGAGUAUGUGGCGGAAAAUCCAGAUGCGUUUCGUGAUGCGUAUUUCCUCAUCAACUCUAUCCACUUAUUUAAGCGGAGAUAA